AUGUCUCGAAGUGAUAUUGAAGCAUCCAUUGCUGAGUUGCAACAUUUUUUGGAACAGGCGCGUACAGAGCGAAGUGAAUAUCAAGCAUGUCAAUUAGAAUCUUCCUGCUCCCGUCACGGCACCCGUUCAACUGUGACCUUCUCUUCGAUUCCAUCUUUCAUGUGGGGUCAGACGUUAGAUAAUGUUUCGUAUGUUUCUGGAAUGGUGGAAGGACUCGAGGGAAUUGACAAACUACCCAAAGAAGCUAUCCAGUGCGAUUUCGAGGAGGAGUCUGUGGAGCUGCGUAUUAUGGGCAUUCAAAACAAAAACUAUCGCUGGUCUUCCAAACUGUACAGCAAGAUCGUUCCUUCUUCCUGCAAACUGCUCGUUCGUAAAGACUGCAUCACGUUGAAGCUAGCCAAGCUGCAUCCAGAGAACUGGCUGCAGCUGCAACCGGAGAAUAAACCUGUGCGUUCUACCCCCAAAAGCGAUGAUCCUUCAGCGGGAUUGAUGGAUCUGAUGCGUGAUAUGUACCAGUCGGGAGACGAUAAUAUGAAAAAAGUGAUUGCAGAGGCUUUUGAAAAGGCACGAUCGGGAGUGUCUCCGGCGGAUAUGGCGGACGGAAUAUUCGUGAACAAUGAGUCAGCCUCCUGUUCUUGGAGUUCGAACAAUCUACUGGAAUGUGAUGAAGGAAUUGGAAUGACCACGUUGAAAUGA